GCUAGCCACCAGACAAUCAAAUCAAUAUCAUAAAUUUCAACAAAUUCUUCUCCUAACUUCACACAUCACACACUUAUCUCUUUUCCCUUCUUUCAUACUAUUAAUAUCACACACCUUUUUUUUUCCUCCUUCAUUCUCUCUUUCCUUUUCAAAUAAUCACAAGGAAUUCAUUUCUAGUUUCAAUUCUUAGCUAUGGGUGGUGAUCACAAAGAGAAGACCACUGUAAUGGUGCUAAAGGUUGAUCUUCAGUGUCCCUGCUGCUACAAGAAGGCCAAGAAAAUUCUCUGCAAAAUGCCUCAGGUUCGAGAUCAAAUGUAUGAUGAGAAGGCCAACACUAUCACCAUCCUUGUAGUUUGUUGCAGUCCUGAACGGAUUCGCGACAAAUUGUGUUGUAAAGGAGGAAAAGCAAUCAAGAGCAUUGAGAUCAAAGAGCCCUUAAAGCUCAAAGCUCCUGAAAAGCCCAAGGAGCCCGAAAAGCCCAAGGAAAAGCCCGAAAAGCCCAAAGAACCAGAGAAGAAACCCAAGGUUGUCACUUUUGAAACGCCCAAGGAGCCCGAAAAGCCCAAAGAAAAAGCAAAGGAGCCCGAAAAGCUCAAGGACAAAGCGAAAGAGCCCGAAAAGCCCAAAGGGCAAGAAAAACCCACUGUAAUUGAUAAGCCCAAGGACAAAACAAAAGAUCCAGAAAAGCCCAAGGACGGUCCAACAUCUGCAAUGGUGGCAACCCCAUGGAUAUCCGAACCAAUAAUGAUGAUGCCUCCGGUCCACGGAUACCCCCAGGUAAUGCCAAGUUGUGGCUGUGGGCAAUGCCAUUAUACCGGUGGCCCGUGUUAUCAAUAUUAUGGAACACCCGUACCCCCACAACCCGCCCCAUACUACGGUAACUACUCGUAUGGAUAUGGGCCCGGCCCGGGCCCAUCUAGCUAUGGAAAGGGUUAUUACGGAAACAAUGAUUACUAUAAUGAAGAAGAUGGUCAAGGAUGCACAAUUAUGUAAUUGUGGCCCUACUUAGUACUUCAUUAUUGGGCUUUCAAAAGAGCCCAGAACAAAGUUUUGGGCUCCAUAUGGAUGUCUAUUUUCUAUAUUAUUACUGUGUUCAUUAAUAAUAGUACCAUAUUCGAUGUAUACAAGGUAUAUAGUUUUUAUUUUAAUGAUAAAAAGUGCAUAAAGAAUAAUAAGUAGGUGACCAGAUGGAUGGUGAACCGUCUUAUUAUAUAGUACUUAUUAGUAAUUGAUUAUACAAUUUGAUUAAAGAAAGCACUUCACUAA